AUGGGCAACUCCAUUCAUCUUCCUUCAGAUUCCUUCACCCCUCCGGCUCCGGCAACCGUACUCUCACCGGAGCAACCGUCUGAGUUAGCGACCUUCACCUGUGAAAUAUGCAUAGAGCCCACCCUUUCAUCAGAACAGAGAUUCAAGAACAGAGACCUCUGCACUCAUCCUUUCUGCAAAGACUGCAUUACCAAAUACAUUCAAGUCAAGGUUGAAGAUGACAAUAUCGCUGCGAUCAAGUGUCCUGGCUUAUGCUGCGAUUACGAUCUAGACCCACUUUCCUGUCGUUUAAUCCUCCCCAUUAAACUUUUUGAAAAAUGGUGUGAUUUCCUCUGUAAGGACACCAUCCUAGGGUUGAAUCAUUGUUACUGCCCUAAUCAAGAAUGUUCAGCUCUAGUGGUAAACGAAUGCGGAAGGGACAUGAAGAGAUCGGUUUGCCCUAAUUGUAAAAAAACCUUCUGUUUCCAAUGCAACACAUUAUGGCAUGCUGGUUUUUCAUGUGAAGAAAGUGGAGUUAUGAGGGAUGCAAACGAUGUUGCUUUUGGGGUUCUUGCGGAGAGGAAUGCAUGGAAGAGGUGCCCUAGAUGCAGACAUUACGUUCAGCAUUCGGGAGGUUGUUCGAUCAUUAGAUGCAGAUGUGGGAUUAACUUCUGCUAUAAAUGUGGAUUUAUGAGAUGCAAAUGCAAAAUACAUGCUCAUUGUUUCGAUUUGAUUAUGGCUCUUUUCAUGCUUCUAAACAAUGCUAGGAAGGUUUUAGAAUCUCUGUCCAAGCUUUACACAAAGUCUAGACACCCUCCUCAAAAAUCGCUCGAGUUUGAAGAUGAACAUGGCAGAUCAUCCCUUGUUGCUUCUUUCUCGCUCUCCCUUUGCUCCAUCCCCUCCUUAUACCUGGACUUCAACAGUUAA